GACAGUUUCGGCUGUUAUAUGAGUGCGGCGGACUGGGGAACGCCUGUUCGAUGGUCCUCUGUCUCGCCCAUCUAUCUCUUUUCCCCCACCUUUCUACGUCUCUCUCUCUCUCUCUCUCUGAGGGUUUCGAGGCUCGAAGGCCUCUAUCACAAUUCGGUUUUGGGAACGAGCUCUGUGAUCCGAAUCGCCAUCGAUCUUCGGGAGAAAUCUCAGCCAUUCUUCCCCCUCCGAUCGGUUCUGGGCUCUAGAGCGAGGGAUUUAGAGCUCGAUCCUAAUCUAUCGAGCCGCAGAUUCGCGAAGCCGAGAGAAUUCCGUUGUCUUUCGAGCUCUGGAGCUGGAAAUCUAAGGUUUCUCUGUUGCGUUCCCUUCCGAUGGUGGUGUUCCAAUGGCGGGGGAAGCUAGGGGUUUGAAUUGGACGGAGGGAUACGGAGAUCUAGGGUUCGUUUCUUGUUUAUUCCGAGACGGAGGACCGAACUCUUUGGAUUUCUUUUUCCUUUCUAGGGUUUGCUGACGUUGCCUGGAGAUUUAAUCUUUCUUUUUUAUCGUGUCCUUCCUCCUCCUGCUUCUUCUUCUUCUUGUUGUUAUUUGUUGUUCUUGUUGCAUGAGAUAUACACAAAAUGGUUGAGAUGGAUGUGGAAGUGGCGAGGGACAUAGCAACCCUUGACCUGGAUCUGCUGCAACUCCCAGAAGUCUCUCCGAUGGCACUCAAACAAAAUCCUGCCAUUGCCGAGCAUCUCUACUUCCAGUGGCUCUCGCUUCCGGAAACGCUUAAGCUGGUAAAAUCUUUGCUAGAUGAUGCAAGGGCAGGCUUACCCUUGAAUGCUCCUGGGAGCUCUGGUAGUGCAAAUGCUGCUGCAAUCAAUUCAUUGCCUUCCAUGUUCCCUGCUGGCAGUGCACCUCCUCUUUCACCUAGAAGCACGUCUGGAUCCCCUCGUAUUAUGAAACGUGGUGCAGGACCUGGACCUUCACCAUUUGGAUCUCCUCUAAAAGUGGUUAGUGAGCCAGUGAGAGAAGUCAUACCUCAGUUCUACUUCAAGAAUGGGCGGCCCCCUUCAUUUGAACUAAAAGAGCAAUGCUUGUCUAGAAUAAAUCGGCAUUUCUAUGGCCACUUGGAUGGUCUUCAAGUACAAGAAUUUAAAUCUGUCACAAAGGAAAUUUGCAAGCUUCCAUCAUUCUUUUCGAGCGUGAUUUUUAGAAAGAUUGAUGCAGACUGCAUUGGUAUUGUAACAAGGGAUGCCUUUGUUGACUAUUGGAUAAACAGCAACAUGAUAACUAUGGAUAUAGCUACCCAAAUAUUUACAAUUCUGAAGCAGCCAGAUCAUGAGUACCUCACUCAGGAGGACUUCAAACCUGUCCUUCGAGAACUUUUGGCCAGCCACUCUGGGUUAGAAUUUUUACAGAGCACACCUGAGUUUCAAGAACGGUAUGCGGAAACUGUCAUAUACAGAAUAUUUUACUACAUGAAUAGAUCUGGAAAUGGUCGGCUUACUCUCAGAGAGCUUAAACGUGGAAACUUAAUUGCUGCAAUGCAACAUGCAGAUGAGGAGGAAGAUAUUAACAAAGUCUUGAGGUACUUCUCUUAUGAGCACUUCUAUGUAAUAUACUGCAAAUUUUGGGAACUGGAUACAGAUCAUGAUUUCUUGAUUAAUAAGGAGAACCUUAUCAGAUAUGGAAACCAUGCCCUAACUUAUAGAAUUGUUGACAGAAUUUUCUCACAGGUCCCAAGAAAAUUUACCAGCAAAGUUGAAGGAAAAAUGGGGUAUGAAGACUUUGUUUAUUUUAUACUGUCAGAGGAGGACAAAUCGUCUGAGCCUAGCCUUGAAUAUUGGUUCAAAUGUAUAGAUUUAGAUGGAAAUGGAAUUCUCACACCCAAUGAGAUGCAAUUCUUUUAUGAGGAGCAGUUACAUCGCAUGGAAUGCAUGGCUCAGGAACCUGUUUUGUUUGAGGAUAUUUUAUGCCAGAUGAUUGACAUGAUUGGACCAGAGAAUGAGAGCUACUUGACGUUACGCGACUUAAAAGGCUGCAAAUUGUCAGGAAAUGUUUUUAAUAUCCUCUUCAAUCUCAACAAGUUCAUGGCAUUUGAAACUCGUGAUCCAUUUCUUAUUCGUCAGGAGCGUGAGGAUCCAACCUUGACAGAGUGGGAUCGCUUUGCACACAGGGAAUAUAUAAGGCUAUCCAUGGAAGAAGAUGGUGAAGAUGUCUCCAAUGGGAGUGGAGAUGUUUGGGAUGAGUCACUUGAGGCUCCUUUUUAAAAUCAAACUUGGGCAACUGCAAGACAGUUAUGGUCUUGUUGAUGCUUAAAACUGGUGCAGAAGCAGACACAUCAAUCGGAUGGAUUACUUUUUUCUUUGAGGAACCAAAUGGCAGUAUUCUGACCUUAUUGAUGAUGUCUUACAAAGUUCACUGCACAUUGUAGUUCUGUUUUGCACAUUCAAUGCACGAGAUUUUUGCUGCUGAGUCAAGUAAAAGUGAGAAGCAUUCUGGAGUGGUCAAUUCCUCAGUAAUGCUGCUCAAGAAGAGGGGGCAGUUGCAGUGACACUUUUCUGACCACCAUCCAAGAGCAGGUACCAUGGAUUUAUGAAAUGGUAGUCUUAUCCUAGGUUAGAAUCAAUUAUGAUGAUCAGUUGCCAUGUUUGGUUGCCAUUCUCUUUUCUUGCUCGUUUAUAAAGAUUGUAGCAGUAUAGGCCGCCUUUCAUCUUCAGCUUUCUCCUAGCAUGAAUUUCCCUGCUUGGUUGGUUUGUCUCAUCUGGUGGAUUUUGCACAUUUCUUUUUUUAAUUCAAUUUACAUGCCAAAUGAGAGAGAACAUUGGGUACCUGUAUUUUGUUAAUGUUGUUGCUUAAUGACAUUGUCUUAAAAGGUUCGAGUUCCUAUCUGCA